AUGUUUGUCAACGAGCUGAGAUUUGUGGAACUGUCAGUGACACUGUCACCAAAUAGUGGAAAGUUCAUAACCUGCUCUAGUUUUCGGAACCUUCUUCGCUUCUUGAUGGAAAUAACAGGAAAUACUGGAACAUGGUCUUUAUGCCUCAAAGAUAAAACGAAACGAUCACAAGGAUGGUUCAGCCCGUCAGAGCUAUCAUCGUAUCGGGUUACUUCAUUGCAUACGUAA